AACGGCAACGCAGAGGCUGAGAAGGAUGUGCAGAACCUUCUGUCUGAAUUGAAAGGAGAUAGCGAAAAGACCGAGAAACCUGCCGCUGAUCAGGACGCUGAAGCAGCAGAGGAAGCUCGCAUCAUUGCGCAGGCGAACAAGCUUGGUGAAGAAUCAGCCCUCCAGGAAACCAAGCCCGCAGACCGAGACCGGGGCCGGCAGUAUGGCGAUCGCAGAAACCGCAAUUACCGUGACAAUAUCAAGUCAGAUCUGACUGCGCAAGAGGUCACCGACGACCCCCAGCAAAUCAGGAAGCAGGUUGAGUUUUACUUCUCCGACUCCAACCUUCCCAUGGAUAACUUCCUCCUCAAGAAGGUCGGUGGAAGCGCCAAUCACGCCGUGGAACUCUCCGUCCUGCACAGCUUCAAACGAAUGCGCCGCUUCCAGCCUUUCAGUGCAAUUGUCGAGGCCUUGAAGACUUCUGAAACCCUGGAUCUUGUCGACGACGAAACCAAGGUCCGUCGCAAGGUCCCAUUGCCGGAAUCAGUCAACGAUUUCCUUGAUCCAUCUGUGGUCAAGGUGUUUGAAAACGAGGCCAUGACCCGCAGCAUCUAUGCCAAAGGCUUCGGCGAGGAAGAACCAAACACGCAGUUUGACAUUGAGGCGUUCUUCGCUCCUUACGGCCCCACGAAUGCAAUUCGUCUCCGUCGUGCCUUUGAUAAAACCUUCAAGGGAAGCGUUUUCGUCGAAUUCGAUUCUGAGGAAGCCCAGAAAAAGUUUCUGGCUGUGGACCCCAAGCCGAAGUGGAAGGGUCAAGACUUGAUCAUCAAGAGCAAGAAGGAAUACUGCGAUGAGAAAGUCCGUGAUAUUAAUUCGGGCAAAAUCAGGGCCAGCGGCCGCGGCCGUGGUCGUGGUGGUCGCCAGGGCCGAGAAGAUAACCGUGACUGGCGAGAGCGGCGUAACGAGGACCAGAAGCAAGGCUUCCGUAACAAUAGGGGCGGCCGGGGACGAGGCCGUGAUUCAUCUCCAAAAAGCUCCGUCAAGAAAGACGCUCGGGGCGUUCCUGUCAUCAAGAGCACCGCGGAUGAGACAACAACCGGGCAGAAACGAGGCCGUGAAGAUGAAGCUAAGACCGAUACCAAUGGCUCCAAUGAGCACCCUGCCAAGAAGGUCGACACCAAGGAA